GCGUCGUCCACUCGCAAUCGCGGAUGCCGCAACAGUUGCACGGAAGACCCACGAAUUUUCUUAACCGCGUCGCGCAUCCUCCUCGCCGCGCAUCAAUCCCCGCCUGCCAUAAUAAUGGACUGACAACCUGGCGGAGGCAGAAACCGUUCGCCUGGACAGCAGAGUGUUGAUCUGCGGGGCCAUCUUCUGCGGCCUGUUGAUCCUCGUCGCGAUCGUGAUCGUCGUGCUGCUGGUGUUCAAGCCGAUCUACAUCCUGGAGAUGUAGAGCCUCCUCUUCGCUGCAUCGAAGCGCCGACAAUAAUCGAGGAAGAUCCAAAGAAACAAUCCCGGAGAAGACGAUAGAACCCGCGAAGAGAUCGGCGGAAGAUGUCGAAGACCGCGGGUAUAGUCUUCGUAGCCCUGUGCCUGGCGGCCUCGGCGCACGGCCAGGGCUCGCUGCUGACUAUGUCGCAGGAGUUAUGGUCGAAGCUGCUGUCGGGCGGCUUCUCGAAGGCGGGCAAGCUGGACCCGUUGAGGGUGCCGGUGAUCAAGGUGGACCAGUCGGAGGGCGACACGAGUUACAGGAUCAUCUUACGUAACGUGGAGAUCACUGGGUUGAAUGGUUCGACGGUGGAGAGCAUCCACAUAGCUAAAGGAAGAUUGAAGUCGAAUUUGAGCGAGCUGGAGGCCGGGUACGUCAGCUACAGCGACCUGAGGGACCUGGACGCGAUCCGGUACCGAUUUCACACUCUGAUCAAGGAGCCGAAGCUGCAGAACGAGAGUUUCGAGGCGAUCGUCUCCGCUACGAAUCAGGAGAGCAGGUUCAAGGCUGCUACGCGCGAGCAGGAGAGCCGAUUCGAGAGGCUGAGGCAGUACGAUCCCUUCCUGAUGAAGAUCCAGGCCGACCGGAUGCGGGAGCACGUCGAUCAGGAGGAAGAGAACGCUUCUAGGGAGUCGAAUUAUGGGGGAUUCAGCAUGGAGGGUGCCAGGGUUGUCUCCAGGCCCGAGGUUGCCCGCAUGAUCAUCGGCCAGAAGUACCCGUCGGACGUGCAGACGGUGUACGCUUUGAACGCUCAGGCGGACCCGCGGGCACAGAACUAUCGGGCCAAGGAGAACGAUGGAGAGAGACCUGGGUACCAAGAGGGCGGUCGGGUCGGGUCAGAAUCAGGUACCACGGCAUAUCAAGAGAGCGGUCGACUCGGGUCGGAAUCAGGUACCACGGGAUAUCAAGAGAGCAGUCGAUUUAAACCUGGAUCUAGUCCUUCAGGGUACCAAGAAAGCGGUCGAUUCAGGUCGGAAUCAGGUACCACGGGAUAUCAAGAAAACAGUCAAUUCAAGCAAAGACCUAGCCCUUCAGGUUAUCAAGAAAGCAGUCAAUUUAGACCAGGAUCUAGCCCUUCAGGGUACCAAGAAAGCGGUCGACUCAGGUCAGAAUCAGGUACCACAGGGUAUCAAGAGAGCAGCCGAUUUAUACCAGGUUCUAAUCCUUCAAUUUAUCGAGAAAACAGUCGAUUCAGGUCAGAAUCAGGUACCACAGGUUAUCAAGAAAGCAGCCAAUUCAGACCAGAAUCUAGUUCUUCAGGGUACCAAGAAAGCAGCCAAUUCAGGCCAGAAUCUAGUUCUUCAGGGUACCAAGAAAGCGGUCGCUUCGGUGACAGAAAGGACGAAGGGGGUUACAAGGACGUUCAAUCGCAAAGAAGAGCCGGCUACGAAGCCAGAGGGGAAGGAGGACGCUACGAGGAUGUUAGAUCGCAGGGAAGGGAAGCUUAUGGCGGUAGAAGGGUCGGUGAUAGGUACGAGGACGGUCAGACCGCGGCAUCCGAGAAUUUCGAGAGCAAGGUUAAAGGACCAGGGGAGCCGGUGUACCAAGGGCGCAUAGAGAAGCAGCCUGGUUACAUCGAUAUCGUAUACGCGGAUGGACAGAACGACGGCAGCAUGAAGCGAUUUGGAAACAGGAGGAUCGAGUCGAAGGAGAACGCUCGCGUUUAUGGCGUUAAGGAGAUUCCUAAGGAUGUUCUCGAGAAGAAGAAGAUGCUGGCCUACAACUGCACCGAUGGCGAGCCCCUGACAAAGAGAAACGACGCCGUCAAGGCCGCCCUGGAAGCAAAGACCUUGAAAAAUCUGGACAGAUACGCGAAGAACUACCAGGAGAAGCAAGGCUUCUUCGAGGAAGGAAUGCAGUUGGUGUACCAUUACGGAGGAAUGGGCAACGACACUGUGGACGGCAAGGGUGCUCCAGGGUCGCGGCAGAAGCGCGCCUCGAAAGACAACGAGACCGACGACGACGUGAUGCACGUGAUUUUGAAAAUACGCGCGCCGAAUCUUCGCAUCAAGUCCGAUUACGAGUUGACCGGCAAAGUGGGCAAAGAACUGGUGCGAGGAAAUGGACGACUCAAUGGAAACUUCACCGAACUGGUGGGAGACUUCACCAUAGAACUGAAAAAAACUAAGGACCAAGGUGCGCUGAUGGUGCGAGCGGCCAGGAGCAAAUUGAGGGCGAAGGAUCAAAGGGUUGACUUCCAGGGGAUGGACGAGAAAGGGCCGGUGAAGUCGAUUCUCAGUCAUGGUCUGAUGGCCGCAGAAGCGGUCGCCGCCAUGCUGGCCGACGAUCUGGCGACCAAGGCGCUCAACGACAAAUCGGCGGACGCGAUGAUCUACAGAAUGUACAAAAACCUGCCGGUCAGAUCAUAGAGAGAGAGAAAGAGAGAGAGAGAGAGAGCUCGACGCGCAGCAGCUGGACUUCUUUAUUUUCUAUUUCGAC